AUGGCUUUGGGAGACGUUCUACUGUGUGCCCUCGCACUGGCGAGCUCUGGUGCCGCGCUUCCCACUAAGAAUGGGCCCAAAGCUGCCGCUCAGCUCAACCGCCGGGAAGAGAUCACCGCGUAUGAUGAUUCCCUCGCUGCACCCACCACUGUUGCUGCCGAGGUUGCCUAUCUUCAAGGCGGCGCCCCUGUGUCUACCGACACCAAGACCAUUGUAGUCCUCCCCACUGCUCCUCGCUCUGUCAGCGUCCCAAGCGACGACGCCGACGCAAAGAUCUUGGAGGCCCUUGGGAUUCCUGGAUCCGCCGCGCCUAGUCCAACCGCACCUGGCAAGGCUGACAAGUUCGGCAUCUCCUAUGCCCCAUACCGUGGAGACCACGGUUGCAAGGACGCCCGUGAUGUCCAGAACGACUUUGACCAGUUGAAGGACUAUUCGGUGAUUCGUAUCUACGGAACGGACUGCGACCAAGUCUCCAAGACGUACAAGGCAGCUAAGAAUACGAAGACCAAGCUGAUGUUGGGCGUUUGGGACAUCAAUGAUGUGGAGAACGAGGUGUCGAAAAUCAUUGCAGGCGUGGAAGGCGGCUGGGAUAAGAUCCAUGCCGUGAGCGUGGGCAACGAGGUUGUCAACAAGGGAGAAGCCAGCCCGCAGAAGGUCAUCGGUGCCAUUAAGAAGGCUCGCAGCAUGCUUCGUGGAGCAGGCUUCAAGGGUCCUGUUGUCACCGUCGAUACUUUCAACGCCGUUGAGAAGCACCCCGAGCUCUGCGAGGCUUCUGACUUUUGCGCUAUCAAUGCCCAUGCCUUCUUUGACAGCACUACUAGCGCAUCCCACGCCGGAAAGUGGUUGGAUGACACCGUCCAGCGAGUCAAGUUGGCCCUCUCCAAGCCGAUGAACGUGGUGGUUACCGAGACCGGUUGGCCAAUGGAUGGCUCUCCCAAUGGUCUGGCAAUCCCUAGUCUGGAAAACCAGAAGCAAGCUAUUGAAUCUAUCAAGAAAGCCUUCUCUAAAACUCCUGGAGAUGUCGUUCUCUUCUCGGCUUUCAACGAUCUCUGGAAGACGAAGUCGAUGGAUACCUUCAACGCAGAGCAGUUCUACGGUAUUGGCGGUGCCAUUUCCAAGUCCGAUCGUUAUAUUUAA